AUGUCUCUUCCAUUAUCAUCCAAGGAAAAGAUUAACUUCAAUGAAAAAUCACCAUCGCCAUUCACACCGGGUGGUAGUAGAAGUAAGACUAGUUUAGAGAAAUUAAUUAUAACUAUGUUAAUAGAAUCAAGCAUAUCAUUAAUUGUAUAUUAUAAUUAUGAUAAAUUAAAUUUUAUAAAUCCAAUGUUAGCACCUACAUUAUUAGGAUGUAUAUCAGGAGCAUUAGCACAAUCAAUAAAUCAAUAUUUUAAGAGGAAAUUUUAUUUAAAUAAAAUCAUUAAAUUUAUGAUUUGGGGAAGUAUUAAUGGAUAUUUUACAGUUGCUUGGAUUAAUAUUUUAAUUAAUAAAAUUGAUAAUUUACCUUAUAGAAUUAUGAUUGAUCAAUUAAUUGGUGUACCUACGUUCCAAUUGAUAUUUAAUGUUUUAAAUACUUUAUGGGAUCAAGGAGAAUUGUUUACGGAGAAUACAAGACAUUCAUAUAUUAAAUCAUUAAAAUAUAGUUAUUGUUAUUGGCCAUUCUUUUCAAUAUUUUCAUUUAUGUUGAUUCCACAAUCUUUAAUGUUUCCAUGUAAUUGUUUAGCUAAUUUACUUUGGAAUAUCAUAUUAAGUAAGAUAGCUUAG